UGGAGUAAUAGCGAGUGGAUCGGCUUGGUGCUCAAUGAAUGGAGGCUGCGGGGCGGGCCUGCGUGCACAGCCGCCCUGCCCACGAUGCUGUCGCCCGGAGGCCUGUAGGGCCCUCACGGCCCCUAGCCCUCCUCCCGCCCCGGGCAGAGGUUGCCGACGGCUCUGCGCCCAACGACGACAGGGAAGGUCGAGGGAGGGUGGUUUCCUCCCGCCCCACACCCAGUCUCCGAGCCGGAUAUAUACAGUGUCACGUUUGGGAGCAGAAAGACCAGAGCAGUUUCCUUGUGGCUGGAGUACUUCCCGUAGCCUCGGGGAAGGACCGGGAUUUAGCGGACCACUAGUUGAAACCCACCCCCGUGCUGGAGGAGCAGUUACCUGUUUGCCAACUGAAGUCUGGAAAAUAUUAGGUGGAAAAUUCCAGAAAUAAAUCAUUUAUAAGUUUUAAAUUCCAUGCCAUUCUGAGUAGCGUGAUGAACUCUUGCGCUGUCCCACCUAGGAAGCAGGUCAUCCCUUCAUCCAGCAAAUCCACGCUGCGUACACUGCCAAUCCAUUUUUGAGGUGGCUUCCUCAGUUAUCAGAUCAACUAUUACAGUGCUUUGUUCAAGCAACUCGUGUACGGUAGCCUAAUGCUGUGUCACAUGCUGUGUCACCUCGCUUCAUCUCAUCACAUAGGUACUGCCUCACCUCACACCUUCAUAAGAAGAAAAAGGAUGAAGUGGAGCAGGACAAUCAUCACUGUACUUAUUUUGAGUCUGGACUAGUUUGGGUUCCAAGUCAUCCGGAAGAGAACCCGUUCAGUUCAGGAUGUGAUGCCUUCCUUGAGGAUACUUUUUAAUAAUCGAUGCAGAAAACAGAAGAUGAGCGUGGUCUAAAACAUUUAAAAUCUGGAGAGAGAUAAACCCUCUGGAGGCCACUUUCCUGGAAGCAUGGGAGAGUACAGAAUCUGGCUGGACUUUUGCAGACUUUUCUGAAGAGCAGAGGAAACAAAUAGAACAAUAAACAGCAACCUUAGUGGUAUGACAGAUGGAAACCGUAAGAGUUGAACCCUAGACACAGAGCUGAUUCUUCUUGGCUGCCCUGAUCCCCUCAUGAGACUUGCUGUAUUCACCGAGGAAGCAGUAGUGGAAGCUGGAGGUGGAUUGAGAAAGACUUCCAUUAACUCCUGGAGUUUAUAGCCUGAAGCAAUGCUAGAGGAACAAGUCAAUAACACACACAGGAAAUCCUGAAGUUAUUCAAAACCAGAUGUAAGCUGAAACUUACCAAAAUGUCAACUUAGCCUCAACCAAACUCAAUUCCUGAUUGUCUAAAAGUGGUUAAACUCUCCCUAGCUAUCUAACAGAGCCUUCAUCUAUUAGAUGCCCUAUCUUACUGCAGUCUUUAUGAUUCUUCUAAACACAAUGUCUCAGCAUUUUAAAAAAUCAUGUGUGUGUGUGUAUGUGUGUGUGUAACAUACAUACAUAAAUGCUGAGACAUUAUGUUUAUACAUGUACAUAUACUUAUACAUACACACUUAUGAAACAAGUCAUAUGAUCUUCCCAUCAUCAAGAGAAAAAAAAAACUGGGUUUUGUUUGACAUUCAAGGCUAGGUUUUAAUGGAUCAAUAGAAAUAGUUCCUUCGAGACUCACAGGAGGUUGGAAUUUAUAAGAAAGCCUUUUAAAAGUAACUGUGACAAAUAUGUUGAAUAAAUUAAUGGAAAAGGACUAUGAAAUAGAUUUGAGGUGCAGAACAGCAUAAGAGAAAUGGAAUCAAGAAAAGUUGGAAGAAAAGGAGGAAGAGGAGAAGGAAAAGAAACAUGGGUACUAUAGAACGGAAUGACAGAUAUCCAAAAUGAACAUGGAUUUAAUGAUACGCUGUUCACCGAAGGAAAAAAGGAUCUGUGAACUCAAAGACAUACUAAUAGAAAUUAUUCAAACAGAAGCAAAGAGAUGAAAGAUAAAAACUGAACUUGGUGACUCUGAACAUGGUAACUGUGUUAAUAAUCCCCUGAGGCCAGUGGUGCCUGACCUCAGGGAGUUCCAAUAUACCAGGUCCAGCCACUCACUCCAAAACAGAAUCAAAUGGCAAAAGUUAUGGUGAAGUAGAAAAGAAAUUUAAUAUUCAGUAUAGCCAUACUAAUACUGGUGUCUUCAGCCCUGUCUUCAGGGUACAGACAGGAGCUUCAGGUUUAAAUAGGGAAAGAAUUUCAUAAAUAGGGAAGGUCAAAAGUUAUGAGUAAUUAAGCACGGUGUGUCAAACUGUGGUCUGUUUGGCUGCUAUCUCAAGUUGGAUUCUGCAAGGUCCUAGAGAAGUUGUUAUUGCUUGAGGAGGCAAUUGAUUUACUAUCAUGUGAUAAUUACACCUGUUUAGACGAGCAGCCUCAGUUUCCAUCUUGGGAUAAUUGGUCCCAAUUAGAUCACUUCAUCAUGAGGCGAUCUUCUGCAAGUCUCUGGAAUCUAAAGUGACUGCUAGAGAAAAGGAUAAGUCAGAAAGGCAGGAUAAGUUUCUUCAGUUUUGAAGCACCGACUCUGUACUUCUAAGCAUUGUCAUAGGGGCUCACAACAGGAUGUUUUAAAAGCCAGCAAUUGAUAAUCUGUUGAUUACUAUGUCCCUGCAAAUACUGAAAAUGCCUUAGUUACUCUUAUCUUGGUGCCUUCAGUCUUAAAGGGAAUUGAGAUAGGUUAGGUAAAUUUAGGACUAAACAACAUACUACUACCAGUUUUUAGACAGAUGCUUCUUAGAUGAUUAACAUGUUUACAGGCAGAGUUGAGAGGGAAUCUGACCCAAAGUUUACAGCAGAGAAGAGAAAGAGAGACAAAAGGCAGGCAGAGAUGCCAAGGUUUUAUUCUACUGUUAAUUACCCAUUGGAUAUCUGAGUCCCAAGUGAGGAACUGGUACUUUCAGCAAAAAAACUUUCUGACUAUAAGACCCUAUGACAAACAGUGCAUAAAAAAUCAAAUGGGACAAUACCAAAGAGUCUAACACCUGUGUAACUGAAGUCCCAGAAAAAGAAAAACAGGGGGAAGAACAGGGCAGAAGAAAUAUUUGAACAAAUACCACCAAGAAUUUACAAAAUUAAGCUUAAAAAUAUCUAUUUAAAUAUUUAAAAACCUUAGGUUGAACAAAGCAAGAUGAAUGAAAAGAAAAUGAUAACUAAAGAGGGGAGGGAAAGAGAAAAUACUGGGAACUGAAGUGGAGCUAAUUACAUUCCAUGCAUGUAUAGUAUGGCAGGGUGCAUCCCACUAUUAUGUAUAACUAUAAUGAACUCACAAAAACAUUUUUUAAAAUUUGGUAUAAAACAAAAUAAAGAGAAAAUCAUUAAAGUAGCCAGAAAAUAGAAAAGUUAUAUUCAGGAAAAUCACAAUAAGAAUAAUGAAUGACUUUCCCUUAGAAACAAUGACAGAAGAUAAUGGGUCACUGUCUUUAAAAUGCUGAAAAUAAAAACCUGUCAACUUAAUAUUUUAUACCCACAGUAGAUACUAUUAUUACCUACCUCACAAGGUUUAUGAGGCUUCAGUGAGUUAAUAUUGCUAUAAUUUUUCUUGGGAAAAAAUUCUUAAAGCAAAUGCAACAAUAUCAGUGUAAUGUAUAUGGUAGUUAUUUUCUUUUUCAUACUUUUCUACAAUCACAAACUCAUGAUAUUAUUAAAACAGGACAACUUAAUAAAAGAUAUGCUUCAGGAGAACAGGGACUUUGUUAAGGUCACUGUUCUAUCUCAGUGCCUGGAAGAGUGCCUGGAUCAUCUAUAAAUUAGCUCACAACAUGGAUAUGUGAAAACCUUUUUCCAAUAGUAAUUUAUAAUAUAUGUGAAUAAUUUAUAAUAUAUGUGACAAGGGAAAAAAAGAAGAAGAACAAUUAAAAUUUGGACCAAUUUAAAUCUUAAAAACUGAAAUAAGGUUGUUUAUAUGAAAAAAAGUAAUUUUGCAAAUGCUUAUAUCUGUGGUGCAGACAUCAGCUCUUUUACUUUCAAAAGAUCUCAAGGAGCAGAGCAAUAACAUCAUUUCUUUCUCUUAUCCUUCAACUUUAGUCUUUCCUAUCACUGAGCUACAGAAAAUGUUUUCUUUUGGAGAAGGCUGAAAAAUUAGAUAAAAAAGAGAAACAUUGAAGUCAAAUAUACAAGCCUAAAAGACUGAAGUGUUUAGGAGGAAAACUUUUAUCAUGAACUUACUACACAUCACAAAUCAAGGGAGUCUUAGGGCCAGAGGGGUACUUAGAGAUCACCAUCCCUGCAAAUUACAAAUGAUCAAAUUAAUCCCGGAGAGGUCACAGUGCUAAUUCGAAAUAAGACUGAGGCUAAAACCCAUUCAAGAUUUGUUUGAUAUUCAAGAUUUGUUUUUAAUGGCUCUGGCUUUGUCAAUUUUUCUUUAAGGACCUUCUUUUCUUCCUGUAUCCAUGUCUGUUCUCUAUUAGGUUUUCCCUGCUAAUGGAUGUCAGGCAGAUUUUAAGCAGCAUCAAAACUCUUUCUGGGAAUAGAUAGUGGAAGGCACACACUAGUAUCUUCUCCUCAAAAUUGAAAGCUUCAGAAAUCCUAUGAGUAUCAUAGGAAAGACUGUAAUUUAUAGUAGUCCUAGAGAGAAAGUGAAGUUUCUCAUAAAUGAUUUGAGACAUUGCUCUAUUAAUUUAGUGGGUGAAUUUGACAUUAGUAUGGAGAAAUCUACAACUUGAACUUAAAACUAAGGACUUUUGACUAUUUAUAGUGAUUUGCCUGUAAAAAAAUAAGUGACAAAAAUUCAUGAUCAUUAAUACCAAUGGACAUUUUUGUCACUUAUCAAUUUUUUUCUUUCUAUAAUAGCCCCCACCUCCUAAUUACAGUUUCUAGAAUCUGAUUGAUAAAGUCUGAAAACUAGGGGGUUAUUUUUCAAUCAAAAUAAUACAAAUAUCAUAGCUACUUAUUAAUUAAUACAAAUAUCAUAGCUACUUAUUAAUUAAUCAAUAUACAUAUUCCAGUAUACAUAUUUAAACUGAGCUGAAAUUUAACUAGCUUAAGUAUGCCACAUAUUUGAUUUCUUGCCUUUCCAGUUUGUCAUAUUGUUUCUGAUGCUUCCUUUUCUGCUAAAUGGCCUACCUCAUAGCCAAUUUUCUCCACCAUUUAAUCCUGCAGCCAAGCAUGAUGCUGUAUGGGCAAGAGUGAUAUAUCAUUAUUAUUACCACCAAUUUUGCUUUAGGGUCAAACUAAGUUGACUUUAAGAAUUUAAUUUUAAUGCAUAGUACAAUUACAGAUGAUGGAAGUACUUUAAAUUUUCUGUGGUUUCUUUUUUCAUAUGUUAAUUUUCAUAAUCAGAACCCUACUGUCCUAAGAAAAUCUGUCUCAGAGCACCAUAAACUUUUCCAAUAUUUAAAAAAAUUUCCCCAUCUCUCUAUGUAAAGAAUUAAUCAUAUUUCAAUCUUAAGAAUAUUUUAGUAUUUUUAUUAUUAAAGAGAAAUUAUUCAGAUUUUUUUUAAAGAGCAAAGAAGACUUUAUUGAAGACUACUGAAAUAUGGCAAAGGUAUUGAACUCAACUUGAAAUACCAAUAAGGGAAAUGGGGGUUUAGAGGCAGUGGGGAGAAGAUGGAAAAUUUACUAAGAGGAAGUUGCUUAAGAUAACAAGGAGGAGGAUGUGAAAUAUCAAAGGUGUGGAAGAUUCCUAUAAACUGGCUAGUAAGGAUUCUUUGCUAAAACUGGUCUCAGUAGGGCAAAGUCAAAGCCUAGUCCAGAAGAGGUCUCAGAUCAUGCUGACUAAAGUUUUUCAAAGAAAAAGUUUUCAUCUUUCAUUUUUCUAAACUUGGAUUCACCCACUAAAAAGGGCCAAUUAAGAGUGCUAGCAGUUCUGGGCUGGGAUUGUGGCUCAGGGGCCGUGCGCUCACCUAGCAUGGGCGGGGCCCCGGGUUCUGGUUCCAUCCUCAGCACCACAUAAAAAUAAAGGCUUUAUGUUGUGUCCAUCUACACCUAGGAUAUAAUUAAAAAAAAAAAGAGUGCUAGAGGUUCUGUGCUGGUUUUUAUUUAGGCCUGGAAAAUAAACUUCAUCAUUAUUUAUAAUGCUAUUAUAAAUGACUGACACAAGCUGUCUUAUUCAAAUGAAAUCUUUUAGCAAAACACCACACACACAUACACAAUCUGUUCCAUGAACUAUAGGAAAUCUGAUCAAUCUCAUAAGAUGAUGAAAAUAUUUGUGAUAUUUAUAUUGUACUUACUAUUUGCUAGUCCCUGUCCUAAUCAAUUACCUAAAUUAAUCCCUUCAAUCCUACCUAGUCUUCUAGUGGAAGUGCUAUUGUUAUAUCCAUCCUGGGGCCAACAGAGAAACAGAAGCACAUGGCCAUUACAAAGCUUGUCCAAAGUUACCCAAGUUAGAUAUGUCAAGGUUAUAAUUAGAACCUAUGCAAUGUGACUAUUGAAAGAAUGUUCUCUACCACUGUGCCUGCCUGCACCUAUAAAAUCUCUUCUCCUGGUUCUCCCUGAACAAACACAUAUAACCGGAAGGUGGGUGAAGGGUAUGUAGAAUGACGUAGAGUUGUGGAAGUCCAUACCUUUAGGCACAUUCUUUGCAUUUACACCUCCUUUCUUCCUAAAUCUAGUCUAGUACUUAACACAGAGCAGGGCAUGGACAAUUUUUGUCCUCAGCUAAAUUACUGACUGAGUGAAUUGACUGCAUAUUCAAUUCCUGAUGACCAAAAAGAUAAAUGUUUCUCAAUCUCUGGUGUGCUGAUCUGCAAUGACAACACUUUAGGACCAGAAGGCACUGUCUGUAUGACAUAAUACAAGGACCAUGGCAGUUGUCCAUGGGAAGCCCAGCCCACAGAGCUUUCCAGGUUCAGUUCAGGGUGAGCUGGACCUCAGGCCAGGGAAUAUAAAGGCGCCACGCACCUUUCCUCUGAAGGUUCUGGAACCCCCUGGUGAAAAGCUGCUGGUCUUGGGAUGCUGUGAGAGCCAGUCUCAUUGCUAAUUAGACCUGAUUUAAACUCUGCCAUACUUUCUGCUCAGCUGUUAUUCAUACCUUCUGGUCUUAGAGAAAUACGUACGCAGUCAGAGAAAUCAGAAGAAAAGGAACCCCUUUUCAGUGUUCUAAAAGAGAAAAAGAGGAAUCAUGUCCAUGAUUGCAGCUUUCUAUGACAACAAGUCCAUCCUCAUCACUGGGGCCACAGGAUUCCUGGGCAAAGUGCUCAUGGAGAAGCUGUUCCGCACCAGCCCUGGCCUGAAAGUCAUCUACAUCCUUGUGAGACCCAAGGCUGGCCAAACCCUGCAGCAAAGGGUUUUCCAGAUCCUCAACAGUAAGCUAUUUGAGAAAGUCAAAGAAGUUUGUCCAAAAGUGCAUGAGAAGAUUAAACCUAUUUAUGCAGAUCUCAAUCAGAAGGACUUAGCCAUCAGCAAAGAGGACCUGCAGGAACUCCUGUGCUCUGUCAAUAUCAUCUUCCACUGCGCGGCCACUGUACGCUUUGACGACCCACUGAGACAUGCUGUGCAACUUAACGUCACUGCCACCCAGCAGCUCUUGCAUAUCGCCAGUCAGAUGCCAAAGCUUGAAGCCUUCAUACACAUCUCUACUGCCUAUUCCAACUGCAACCUGAAGCACAUCGACGAAGUCAUCUAUCCGUGCUCUGUGGAGCCAAAAAAAAUCAUCGAAUCCAUGGAGUGGUUAGAUGAUGCUAUCAUUGAUGAGAUCACUCCCAAACUGAUUGCCGGUCGGCCUAAUACUUACACCUACACCAAGGCCUUGGGAGAGAUGGUAGUGCAGGAAGAGGGCAACAACCUGAACGUGGCCAUCAUCCGGCCCUCCAUCGUGGGAGCCACCUGGCAGGAGCCUUUCCCAGGCUGGGUUGAUAACCUAAAUGGACCUAGUGGAAUCAUUGUUGCGGCUGGAAAAGGAUUUCUUCGUUCCAUAAAAGCUACCCCAAUGGCUGUGGCAGAUUUAAUUCCAGUUGAUACAGUUGUCAAUCUCACCUUAGCGGUAGGAUGGUACACUGCAGUUCACAGACCUAAGCCAACCUUAAUCUACCACUGUACAUCGGGAACUACCAAUCCCUGUAAUUGGGGCAAAAUGGGAUUACAAGUCUUGGCAACUUUUGAAAAAGCCCCAUUUGAGAGAGCAUUCAGGAGGCCAAAUGCUGACUUCACAACCAACUACUUCACAGCCUCCUACUGGAAUGCGGUCAGCCACCGGGCCCCUGCCAUCAUCUAUGACUUCUAUCUGAGACUCACUGGAAGGGAGCCCAGGAUGACAAAGCGCAUGAAUCGGCUUUUAAGAACUAUUUCCAUGCUGGAGUACUUCAUCAACCGGAGUUGGGAAUGGAGCACAUACAAUACAGAAAUGCUGAUGUCAGAGCUGAGUCCUGAGGACCAGAGAGUAUUCAACUUUGAUGUGAGCCAGUUGAACUGGUUAGAAUACAUUGAAAAUUAUGUUUUGGGAGUUAAGAAAUACAUAUUGAAAGAGGAUAUGGCUGGGAUCCCAGAAGCAAAGCAACACUUAAAAAGGCUCCGAAAUAUUCACUACCUCUUUAAUACUGCCCUCUUUAUCAUCAUCUGGUGCCUUCUCAUUGCAAGAUCUCAAAUGGCCCGGAAUAUGUGGUUCUUCAUUGUGAGCUUCUGUUAUAAGUUCCUCUCCUACUUUAGGGCAUCCAGAACGCUAAAGAUCUAAGAACAUUCAACAUUCACCUUUUAUCUGGAACCUCUUGGAUACCUCUCAAAACAGUAAACUGUGGUUCUCAAGAUUAGGAAGUAACAAGGAACAUGUCCAAGCUGACAUAUGUCAAAUAUGCUGUUACGUAUUCAUCACUAUUUCUUAACUGUCUAUUUUUAUUUCCAUGAAAGAAGGAAAGUCACAAACUAGACUAUAGCCAUACAUAUUUUAGGAAAAAAUUACUUCCAGACUAUUUCCUAACACUCUAGUCUAGGCUCUUGCAUACUCAAUGUGAAAAUGCUCCCACUUUUCUUAUUUAACUUUUCUCUUUGAGAGGAUUAAUUUCAACUCAAUAAGCAAGGAAGAACAUAUGGAGAAGCCAAAAUAAGCUAAGGCAGUACUGACCCUGGAAACAUAUUGGGGUAACUGGGAGAAAGGUCUGAACACAAGACAGGUAGAGGAAUUGUCAUCUCAACACCGUCACAAAUGCUGUAAGUUAAACAAUUCCCCACUGGAGUGGCUCUCCUUCCUUUCUAUGCUGUAACGGAGCCUGGUUAAGGAGUAGAAUCAGAAAAGUGAGUUCACAUUUACCAUUUUUCUUAACUAUAUCCACUUCUUAAAACUAAAAAAAAGAUCAAGAAGUAUAAAUAAUUAUGUAUAGAAUGAGGACUUAAGCAUAUUUGCAUUGGAGAGUCUCACUUACUAUGCUUUCAAGUCAACAUUAAUAAUAACAUCUCAUAAAAUUUUGAUAACUACUAUUUAAUCACCAGUUUUAUGGAUAAUCUUUUCUUGUGAGUUUCCUGCUUAUUGAUUAAAAUUGCCAAAGCCCUUAUAUUUAAGCUUAUUUCACUCAGGAGGCAUCUAUUUGAGUGGCUAAAGGGGAAGGAAAUUCCUACACCAGAAUCUUAAAAACCCAGUCACCUCAUCUUUGCCAUUGAUGAAAGCAAAAUUUCAAGUAAAAAUUUAAAAUCUAGUUUGUCUUCUUAUAUAAAGUGGGGAAGAUUACUCUUCUGUGAUCACCAGAGGAUUUAUUAGUAUCUUGAUUAUUUCAAUUGUACAAUGUUGACUGUACAAUGUACAGCAGAAAAGUGGAUUUCAUUAAGUUUAGAGGGUUUUUUUUUGCCUAAAAUGUUUUAUAUAAUACAAAUUAGUAAAAUCUUUAUAUGCUCUCACAUUCCCAUAGUAAUAACUGUUAUCCCAACUUUUCUCAUAUUUGAGAGUGCAUGUUGAUUACUUUUCUUCAUGCUAAAGACAAUAUUAUUCAAAUAUGACUUUUGGGAUCUAAAAAGUAAUCAUCACCACACAACUAGUUGAAAAAGUUAAUAAAGAAUAGCAGUCACAUUUAUGCUCACCUUCUGAAAAAAUUAAUUAGUAAUACUCAAAAAGGCACAUUCUGGUAGUUGAAAUAUAUAAGGCCUUACGACAGUAUCAUAAAAGGCAUUUUGGGGAAACUCUUCUGGGCAAUGUUUUUACCAAUCUGACAUAAGAUCUAGGGACUACUUUCUAUGGCAGACAACUCAGCUCUGAAACAAAACACCAGUUUGAGAUGUCUAUAUGAUACUUUUGAAUUACAGUAAUACAAACUAGGGAUACAGUAAAAAUAUGAAAUCAAGAUAAAGUUCAAUGGAUUGGAUUUAAACACAAUAAUUCUAAGCAUUUACUAUCUUUUGAUUAUUGUAUGUUGCAUCAAUUCAGUAACUCCACUGAUCAAGUACUCACAUUUUGACUUUUGAUUAAAUAAAACUUUGAAUUAAAAACUUC